UUUCGUGAUUUGCAUAGAUUAAAAGAUUAGGUACUUAAACGCGUUAAUAGCCCGAACGCGGUUUAAUUCCCAUUUUAACCCCUCCACAUCAACUUUUUGAGCUUAGCAGCGACAUCAGGCUAUUACAGGCACCACCAAGCCAUAAACCUCUAUAAUAAACAUUAACGUCCUCAAUGUCUACAGGUAUUCAUCAAUACCUAUGGCUGUAUCUAUGCAAGUAAUGCAUAGCUCUGCUUCUUCAAAUCAUCAAUCAACACCCGGUAGCACCGCUCCGGUCCUUGACUACGUUUGUCUCUUCACGCGCGAUCUUCGCAGGAAGCAAAAGCGCUGGCAAGAUGGGAGGUUAAAAUAUCACACAUUCAAUAAACGUAUUAUGGUAUACGAUGACCGCGGUAACUUCGUAGGGGACACACAUUGGCAUGAAGAUUACGAUUUUGACGAAGGUGAGGAAGUCGAACUUGAAAGAGGAGGCACCAUUGUCCAGGUCGCCGAAUGUACGGGGAGUCGUGAUCAAGACCUUUCCGAACUCAUAGACAAGAGAGCUCGAGAAAGGGCAGAACGCCAGUCUGCUGCUCUUGCGCGACGCCUUCCUGCGGUUGAGGCUAGCACGCCAAAUGUUGCCACCCCUCACUUCCAGCUACGGCACAAGCCCCUUCAUAAUUUAAUUGGUACGCCUACAGGUCAUCAUGGCCGUGCUGUCGUGCCAACCGAAUCCCCAUACGAAGAAAGACAAAAGCAGGCUGCUCCAGCACAGGAUGGCGAUACACGCCCUGCGAAGCGAAGGAAGCGAGAUGUGUCGCCUCCCAGCAAGAGUGGCUACGCACAAAGCUUAUUUGGCGCUUCGUUGACAUUGUCCGCCACACCAGCAAGCAGUCCACUACUACGGAGCAGGCCACCAAAGUUGACAUCCGUCUCUGUUGACAACCAGUCUGUAUCGUCAGCUAUUCCUAGCACCCGUGAUAGCAGCUCAGGUGCCGCGCCUGUACCAGUCCGUGGGUUAAAUAGAAGAGUCCACGGGGAUAUGCGAAAUACCACCACUAGGGGUGCGACGUCGAAGGACGUAAACCAAGAGCAUUCAGCCACUACAUCACGGGAUUCCAUUGAGCCACAACCAUCCCUGCUUCCCUUAUGUGAUCAAAUUGAUAUCAGUGAACAACGCCCUUCGCGUGCCAACGAAAGGCAGUUGGGGGUAAGGCGAAGGGAACAAACUACGGGACGAUGCGUGGAUGUCGAAGCACUACAACCGACGUCGAUAAACUUGCUUUCCAAAGGUCAAGAGAACUAUGAUGGGCCUCCACUGUUCAAGGAUAACCAUAACGCUCUUGGAGAUACAGCUUCAGCGGCAAAUUCAAUUAAUAGAAAAGCUGAAAGCGCGCCCUCCAUGUUAGGACCAAACAAAUCUGUUCGGAGUCAGGGUCUUCCUACAAAAACAAAGUCCAAAAAUAAAGCUAAUAUGGUUGAAAAUACUAAAGAGCACUUGGAAUUAGUCCAGGAACCAUCUAUAAGCGAGCCGAGAACAGAGUUGCGUAUCAAACCCAGGAAGAAGCGAGGCCUGGUAAUGGUAUCCGAGAAGUUGAAUAAUGACAGUCCAUCAGCAUCAAAAACAUCCAAGAGCCAAAUCGAUUACCAGGACCAACCCGCUUCACUAAGCGAUAUCGCGAAAGCAGAUGAAGAUGAAGAUAUUGAAGACAGUUCGAUAAACAUAGACAGUGGUACGAAGAAGUACGAUCCUGCCCGGCCUUCCAGCCCUGUGUACGAAUAUGGUACUCCCGUGGAGGGAACAAGAUCUUCCAGGAGCAGAAAUGAGUUAUCCAGGAAGAAGAAGGAAAGACUCCGAACUGGUGAUAGUGCAGACUCCUAUUUGACGACAGAAAUGGAUAAUGAGAACCGGAACAUGGCUAAUGAAGAUGACACGGCUCGACUUGAUGACGUUCCUGCUCCUCGCCUUGCUCAAUUGGGUCGCAGGAGCGUACGUAGUAAGGAAGUGAUUGGGCUUAUUCUCGAUGAAGAAAUUAAUAAUGACAACAAUAAAGACAGCGGGCUUCAAUGGAACGAGCGUGGUGGUGAAUAUGGUAAGGCAAGUCUCACCAACAGCUUUUCCGCGAACCACUCGGCCGCGCAGCCUCCUCUAGCUAAGAAAGCAAGGGCGGUAAGCAAUGGUGGUUCCCCGGAGUCUCUCGAAACCCGCAACAUAAGUGUGGCCGACGUCAAAGAAAUUUCACGUCUUCCGCAGGAGCAAACUAGACCCACGCCAGCCCGAGUCAGCGGGGACUCAGACGUGCAGGCUUUAUUGUCUGACGACACUGCGGCGACGCGGCUACCUGCUGCAAAGAUGGUGGUCAACCCCGCCACCCGAGGGAGGAAGGCUGCCAAGCCUUCGGAUGCUGCCGGCCAUGUCCCGCAAUGUCCAUUACCGUCUGAAACGACCUUAGGACGGCCACAAGAUCCUGGGAGGCAUGAACUUGACGAGCAGAAGACUAGAUCAGAAGCCCGACGCAAAGCUUGUGGCGCAGCGAUGCCUGGGUUUGCUACAGCGAACGGAGGACCAUGGAGCAGGGAAGCUCAUGAUCUGUUUGAAUUCACACGACCACUGUAGGGCAUGUGCGCGUAACCCUCUUGCGAAUUUCCUGACCUGGGCAGCUCUGAGAGACGGGGAACACAGAUAGUGCAUGGCCAACAAAUACAAGCUAGGAUUACGCCAAAUAACAUUGCGUACAACGCUUACUUCUGGCCGUGUUUAAAGUAAUUGAGAACCUGCCUCGACCCGAGGCUAGGAAGAAAUAACAGUUGAUUGUAGCAAAAUUCACUUAAUUGGCCGUCUAGAAGAAAGUAUGGAUUGGCGAUGCAAGAUACCUAUAGAAACCCGCGACAAGUAUCAUGAAGCAACGCGUCGGUUUGAUUUUAAAGCGCAAAUGUUCGGACGCUAUGCUACGUGUCAAUCCGACCUUUACCACUUUAGUGCUCACGGUCUACACUGCUGUAAAGAAGCGCAAAGCUACUACGUAGGCGGUGGGGUCGCAGUUACGUCUGUGGGAUUCGGAGGAAAAAAAGAAAAAAGAAAAAAAAAGGGCACAGUCCAAGAUAGACCGUCUCUUUACAUACCUACACUACAUUCCUG